AAUUUUGUUUGUUCUCGGCGUUCGUGGAAAGCAAAAUCGUUUCCUCGUAAUCGCUUUCGAUUAUAGUUAUUUUCUUUCAUUGUUCUUUAGUGUGAAAAACAGAGAAGAGGAUUUGUUUUGAACUUUAGUUUUUCAGGCGUCUAUAGAAAUGGCUUGGAGGGAUCGUAACAAGAAAGAAAUGAAUCUCAAAGUUUUUGUUGGAGAUCGUUUCAACAACUGUCGUGUUUUAAUUGUCGAUGAUUCUGGAAGUAACAAAGAUGGGAAAAAUAAAGAGGUUCUUGAAUGUUAUUCAAGAUCCUCUGUUUUUGAAACAGGGGAAUCUCUGCAGAUUCCUUCUUCUUAUCCACUAGAGACCAAUUCCAAUCCAUUUUAUAAUCCGGGUCAACCUGAGACCUCGUCAAGAAAUGGUGUUAUCAUGGGAGCUAUUCAGAUUUGGGAAGCUCGGUCGCAGCAGUCAAGCUCGAGUCUAAGUCAAUCGCUAUUUGAUAGCAGGACAAGUUCUGGACUAAGUCUCUCCGACAUUUCGAAUUCGAGUUCAUUUUCUGAAUUUCUCAACGACCAGGCGAGAAAAAACAACGAAAGUAGUAGUGAAGAAAUAGAUUCAGACAUGAGUAAUGUUUCAAAUUCUUAUGAGAAUGAUGGAGAAGGAAGAUGUUUUCUUGAGCUUGCUAGUUGUAGUACCCCUAGGAUAAGAGGGCGGCAAGCAAAUGAAGAUGUUAGUAAGAUGAUUUUGGGUAACCGAAAAAACGAGCUAGAAUGGCUCGUUGGUUGCUGCGCGGUUUCAAAGUUCUCGCCUCGCGGAUGUGGGCGUCUUCAGUAUAUGCUUAGAAUCCGAAGUUUGGAAAGUUGCAUUGCGAUUCAAGAAAGAUAUCGGUCGAAAUCAGCAACAUCCGAUGUAAACCGGUCUUCACGAGGAUCUAGUGUGAUGAAUAUAGGGGAUAGAUAUAGGACUAAUACUGAGAAGGGAUCUGGCAGCAAUAUGAAUAGCGCAGUAGAAACUAAAAAUUUGUCUAGACUAGUAUCUUUUCGGGUGGAGAAUGUUUUGCAAGAAACAAUGGAGACAAGUAACACGAUGGAAAAUCAGGCCGCGGCUUAUAAGACGGAAAUUGCCAAUAAACCCGUCUUUACUAAAGCUGCAAGCAAUGAGAACGGUUCAAAGAAACCUGAAAUUGAGAGGAAAGCUAUUGUGAAGGAAGGAGAAGAAACGAACAAGUCUUCAUCGAGUAUUGCAGAGAAGGUGAAUCUUUGGGAUCCUAAGGAGAGAGCUCAUAGGAGAAAAGCUAAAGACGAGGGAAAAGAUGCAAGAAGAGUCAUUGAUGUGAAGACUAUUGGGAGAAACGACGAAAUGCGAAAGAAAGAAGAAGUUAGUAUUUUUGAAGAAGGCAAAACCAUGGAGAUUGAGGAAUAUAGAAGCAACCCUCAAGAAGUUACAUCAAUGGUUUGUUUGGAUAGAAGAAAGGAAGAAGAGACUGUCAGUCACGUAUUAAGAGAGUGCGGUAAAGACGAAAUAUUUUCACAAAACGAUGAAGACACAUCAAAAGCCGAGAAGCAAGAAGCUUCAGAACCGUUGUGCCUGAUUCUUGAAUCACCAAUAUUUCUAAAUGAUUCGGAUGAAAAUGAAACGGAAUAUGAAGAAAAUGAAGAUUACAAUGGAGAGAGUGUGUAUCAUGAUUGGAUUAGUGAUGUAUCGCGGCCACGAAGUUACUGGGAAUAUCUCAAGAAAGAGCGGGAGCUUGAGGUUAUGAACAAGAAUUCAGAGAAAGAUGAUAUGUGGAACUUGAUCAAGUGGAGGACUGUUUCUAGCUUCCUCGAAGGUGGUUUUCGGGAAAAGAUUGAUAAAAUCAUGAUCUCAUGUAUGCAAAAGAGGUUAGAAGUAGAAAGCAAUCUUGUAGAAGAAGAAGAAGAAGAUAACGAGGAGAGUUUGGUUGAUUGUUCAGCAAGGUACCAAGAGAACCUAGAAGAAAAUGAAACAGAGAAGGAAAAUCUAGAACCAGUAACUGAUACACAGAUGAUAUGUGAUCUCAGAGAACAAAUCAAACAGCUUCAAAGAGAAAUGCUCGAACUAAAACUUUUGGUCAAAUCUUGCGUCGAUUUCCAAAAAUCCAUGCAAUUCGAAUCACUUUCUGUUUCAGAUUCUCUGGAAAGAAAUUGUUCUGUCUGCUUGGAGAUGCCUAUAAACUCGCUUCUAUAUAGGUGUGGACAUAUGUGAACUUGUCUGAAAUGUGCUCAUGAGCUUCAAUGGAGUAGUAGGAAAUGUCCGAUCUGUAUGGCUCCAAUUGUAAAUGUUGUGAGGGCAUUUCUUGAUUCUUAGGGCACAAGAAACAGACGGAAAAAAA